UUCUGGAGCACAUCUGGCUUUGGGGUCAGCAGAAAAUCAGCCGUUUCAGCCAUGACAGCCUUCAAGCCUUCUCAAGGUCCUUGGGUUAUUUUGUCUCUUUUUUGUCUGUGUUAUUCAGCCCAGCCUGGUACCUCCUGGAGCUCAUCACCAAACAGGACUCGGAGCUUCUUCAGAAAGGCUCGUCAGGCCGACUCUCCUGCUCCUAUAGACUGUAAACUGAAGAGCUGGUCAUCCUGGACACCAUGCAACUCUUGCACAGAGAAAGCGCUGCGUUUCCAGUACCUGGAGCAUCCCUCUCAGUUCCAAGGUGCCGAGUGCGUGCACAGUCAGUGGGAAGAGAAACUGUGUCCACAAGGGGGCGUGUGUGAGCUUCCAGAUGACUGCGGAGAAAUGUUCACAUGUCCUGAUACAGGACGCUGCAUUGGUCAGCACCUUCGUUGUAACGGUGAGUUUGAUUGUGGGUUUGGCAGCGAUGAAGACAAUUGUGAGGAAAUCAACACACGAGAAACGAAGUGCGUCGGCAUGCUUAGCAUCCCAGGAGCUGAGAAGGCCACAAAGGGUUACAACGUUCUGGCUGGAGAUUUUGUCAGUCCUGUUCUGGACCCCAAAUACUUCGGCGGCGUGUGUGAGUACAUCUACAACGGAGAGUGGAGGCAGCUCACCUACGACUCCUUCUGUGAGAACCUUCACUACAACGACGCUGAGAAAUACUUCAGGAAGCCUCACAACUUCCUCUCAUACCGUCUACUGGCACAUUCCAGCAGUGAGGGGUCGACGGAGUACUACAGCGAUGCUCUGAGCCUUUUGAAGGCUGUACAAACAGAACAAUCUAGCCACGGUUCCUUUUCAGUCGGGAUCUCAUACGUAGAAGUGGGAUUGUCUGGGAGCUCAGAGAGCCAGUUCCUCACCAAUAUAUCACAGUAUGACAAUAAGGAUGUGGGAUUUAUCAGGCUCAAGUCGAGGGUGGAAACGGCACGCUUUAAAAUGAGGAGCCAGGACCUGAUGCUGGACGAGGACAUGCUGCAGUCACUAAUGGAACUGCCCGAGCACUACGACUUCGGCUCCUACUCCCGCUUCAUCAACGAAUACGGCACCCACUACGUCACGCAGGGCGUCAUGGGAGGGGUGCUGGACUAUGUGCUGGUGGUCAACAAGGAAGCCAUGAAAAGAGAACACAUGGAGGGCUCACAAGUAGGCAGCUGUUUCGGAAUAUCUCUGGGCCUGAAUAUUCCUGCAUCUAAGGGGCUUGAAAUCAAACCACACGUGAAGUCGGACAAAUGCGAAAAAACAGGCUCAUUCUCUGCAGACAGAGACUCCCACGACAGCUUUAUCGAAGACGUGAUUGGAUACGUGAAAGGAGGAACCACUGGCCUCAGCGCCGCUCAGCUGGCUGUCCGUGAUGCCAACACCUAUAAGAAGUGGGGGAAAUCUCUCAAAUACAGCCCAGCAGUUAUUGAUCAUGAGGUUCUGCCCAUCUACGAGCUGGUGCAGUUUAGCACGGUGGCGGAUCAGGUGGGGAGCAGGCUGCCUCUGCUGAAGCAGGCGUGGGAGGAGUACAUGCAGCAGUUUAACCCGUGCCGCUGUGCUACCUGCAGGAACAAUGGCAUUCCCGUGCUCUCCAGGACGGCCUGCAGCUGCAUUUGCAAGGAGGGCUACACUGGUGUCGCCUGCGAGAAGACUGAAAGAAAAGGUCCAACUCACGGGCAGUGGAGCUGCUGGGGGGACUGGACCCCGUGCCUGUCUCGGAUAAGGACCCGAACUCGAGAGUGCAACAACCCCCCACCCAAAGACAACGGCUUCCCCUGCCAAGGGAGGUCUACUCAGAGAAGAAGCUGCUAAGUGAUGGUGUCCUUCCAUGGCUGAUGGGGACGUCUAGACGUCUAGUGUCUGAUAGCUGAUGAAUGCUGUUAGUGCCUCUAAUGAAAAGGAGUCAUUUCAAUAAACACUUCUAUCAAAAAACA